UCAAAGAGGAGAGAAGGACUCUGCGCCCCACACUCUCGCUACUGGUACCUACCUGUCCAUUCUUCCUAUUCCAUCGCUCAGACCCCAUCAGCAACAUGUCUUGUCGUUCAUAUCGUAUCAGUUCAGGAUGUGGCAUUACAAGGAACUUCAGCUCCUGCUCAGCUGUUGCCCCCAAGACUGGCAACCGCUGUUGCAUCAGUGCCGCCCCAUAUCGUGGGGUGUCCUGCUACAGGGGUCUCACUGGCUUUGGCAGCCGCAGCCUAUGUAAUGUGGGGUCCUGUGGCCCCCGAAUCUCCGUGGGAGGCUACCGUUCUUUGGGCUGCAGCCGGAGCUUUGGCUACCGCUCUGGGGGUGUGUGUGGGCCCAGCCCCCCCUGCAUCACCACUGUGUCUGUCAAUGAGAGCCUCCUGACCCCCCUCAACCUGGAGAUCGACCCCAAUGCCCAGUGUGUGAAGCAUGAGGAGAAGGAGCAGAUCAAGUGCCUCAACAGCAAGUUUGCUGCCUUCAUCGACAAGGUUCGGUUCCUGGAGCAGCAGAACAAGCUUCUGGAGACCAAAUGGAACUUCUACCAGAAUCAGAGAUGCUGCCAGAGCAACAUGGAGCCCCUGUUCAAUGGUUACAUUGAGACCCUGAAGCGGGAGCUGGAGUGUGUGGAGGCUGACAGUGGGCGUCUGUCCUCUGAGCUCAAUCACAUUCAGGAGGUGUUGGAAGGCUACAAGAAGAAGUACGAAGAGGAAGUGGCCCUCAGGGCCACCGCCGAGAAUGAAUUUGUGGUGCUAAAGAAGGAUGUGGACUGUGCCUACUUGAGGAAGUCUGACCUGGAGGCCAAUGCAGAAGCCCUCACAGAGGAGAUAAACUUCUUGAGAGCCCUGUAUGAGGAGGAGAUCCGGCUCCUCCAGUCACAAAUCUCCGACACUUCAGUCAUUGUCAAGAUGGACAAUAGCCGCGACCUGAACAUGGACUGCAUAGUGGCCGAGAUCAAGGCUCAGUAUGAUGACAUCGCCAGCCGCAGCCGGGCUGAGGCCGAAUCCUGGUACCGUACCAAGUGUGAGGAAAUGAAAGCCACAGUGAUCCGCCAUGGAGAGAGCCUUAGAAGGACCAAGGAGGAGAUGAAUGAACUGAAUCGCAUUAUCCAGAGACUGACAGCCGAGAUUGAGAAUGCCAAGUGUCAGCGCUGUAAACUGGAGGCUGCAGUGGCAGAGGCUGAACAGCAGGGUGAGGCUGCCCUCAAUGAUGCCAAGUGCAAGUUGGCUGAGCUGGAGGGCGCCCUGCAGAAGGCCAAGCAGGACAUGGCUUGUCUGCUGAAGGAGUACCAGGAGGUCAUGAACUCCAAGCUGGGGCUGGACAUCGAGAUCGCCACCUACAAGAGGCUGCUGGAGGGAGAAGAGCACAGGCUAUGUGAAGGUGUGGGCUCUGUGAAUGUCUGUGUCAGCAGUUCCCGGGGUGGGGUGACCUGUGGGGGUCUCACCUGUAGUACCACCCCAGGACUCCAGAUUGCCUCAGGCCCUUCUGCCACUGGGGGUAGCUACACAGUGAUGGCCCCUGAUUCCUGUGGCCCCUGCCAGCCCCGAUCUCUGGGCUUCAGCUGUGGGAGCAGUCGAUCGGUCCGCUUUGCAUAGAGAGCUGGGAUCUCAUGCCAGAACACACUCCUGCCCUCCCAACUUCCUGCCGCAGAACUGACGAUGAAUGGAAUGUCUGUGUGGUUGCUUCCUUGAGACCGAAUUCCUGAAGACUAAGCCUUGCCCUCCCUCCUCCAAAUCAUCCUCCGUGAUAGCUGCCUUUCCACCCCACUCCCUGGCUCCCAUUUUAGGGAGCUAAUUGCCAGGGCUCUGUUAAACUUCCAUUUAAGGGCUCGUUUCUAACUCCCUUCGCUAUUUAGUUAAAUCCCACUCAUCAUCAUGCUGUCAUCUCUGUAUUACUCAUCUCACUUCUACUGUCACUCUCUAGGAUAACACCAAUAAUCCCCUAAUGGCAGGGCAGCCUGGGAAAUUUACCCAUCCCUCUGGGCAGAGCCAAGAAUAGGACUUCUCUAGCCUGGAAACCCAACAGAAAAUAGAAACCCAAUCCCCAACGCCUGCUUUCUCCUGGCCAGAGAUGGAGGGUGUCAGCUGUCCAGGGGUAUCUCUUUCAGGAAGCAACUGAUUUUUUGUGUGGUUUUGUCUCUGAUUAUCUUCCUUCUUCUGCGUUAACCUGUUCUGGCUCACCUCCUGAUGUGGUUUUGCAGUUGAGAGGCUGGUUAUAGCAAAGAACUCCUCCUACCUGUAACCCUUUGAGGGAAGAGGAUUGCACAGAAGUCGUACACCUUUAAACAUUUCAAAGAAAACGGAAUGGAAAGAGGGAUUGCUUCAGAUCUCCUCCCACUGUGCACAAAAGGUGUUUUACUAAUGGAACCAACUAGGGUGGAGAAGAAGGUUAGGCCACUUCUUGUGUAUCCCUCUUUGUUGUAAAUGUCUGUGGGUGCCUUGCCUUCUGGUUGUCUCAUUCUGUAUUUCAAUAAACUGUUGCAGCGUC